AUGUUUAUCUUUCCUUCCUCACUCAUUGAUGAUAUUGAGAAAAUGUUGAAUGCCUUUUGGUGGGGAGGCGGAGGUAACAACAAUAAAGGGAUCCACUGGUUAGCUUGGGACAGACUUGCAUGCCCUAAGGCGAAGGGUGGUUUAGGCUUUCGUAAUUUUGAAGCGUUCAAUAUGGCUAUAGUGGCUAAACAAGCAUGGAACAUCAUUCAAAAUCCGGACUCGUUGGCGGCUAAACUAGUUAAAGCAAGGUAUUUCCCACGCUCAUCGUUACUCGAAGCAUCUUUGGGUUAUAAUCCUAGCUUUGCAUGGCGUAGUAUUUGGAAGGCUAGACAAAUUCUUUUACGUGGGUGUAGGUGGUGGAUUGGUAGUGGCGAUAGAAUCCGUGUUAUGUAUGAUCCAUGGCUGCGUGGAAAGGGUGAUCGUUGGGUGUCCUCACCUCAAGUGGAAGAUGUGUAUCAUUUAGUUGUUAAAGACUUGUUACUUGAGAAUUAUAAAGCGUGGGAUAUAGCUAAGAUUUGUAACUUAUUUACAUGUCGGGUAGUGGACGAGAUUAUUGCAACCCCUCUUAUUAGUUCGGUUAAAGAGGAUAACGUGGUUUGGGAGGAGGAAAGGAAUGAGUGCUAUUCAGUUAAAUCUGGUUAUAAUCUAGCCAUGAGAUGUAUUAUUCGAAGCGAUAGGCACCAUGUAGAGGGCAAUUGGAAUGAUAUUUGGAAAGCUCAAUCUCCUCACAAAACGCGUCACUUACUAUGGAGGUUGUGUAGGGGGUGUCUGUCGACGCGAGUUUGCUUGAGAAAUCAUUAUGUAGAAUGUGAACUAAGCUGUCCUGUGUGCAAUGUUGAGGUCGAAGAUGAUAUUCAUGUGUUUUUUGGAUGCGUAUUAACUCACGAAUGUUGGUCGGUCGCAGGCCUAUCACAGUUGUUGCAUAAUGCAGCUUACCAGCAUGGAACUGUCGCAGACAAGGUAUUUCGAAUGUGCAAAAAUGAGGACAGUGCAAUGAUAGGACGGGUUGCAUUAUUAUUUUGGUGCAUUUGGCAUAAUCGAAACGACAAGAUCUGGAAUGAUAAUAUUCAGUCCCCGAGCCAAGUUGGAAGCAUGGUGUUCGUCGUCUGGAAUGAGUGGUUUACUGUCCACCAACUGCAGCGUCAUAAUGUUGUUCAUGUUGAGGAUCCUAGGGCGGUUCGGUGGGAGAAACCAGGAGUGGGAUGGAUAAAAUGUAAUGUUGAUGCUGCGUUUGUAGUUGGGUCCGGUGUUACUUCUAUGGGUCUUUGCUUUCGUGAUACCAAUGAGCAUUUUGUGGCUGGCUUGACUCAAUGGCAGCAGCCUUUUUAUUCCAUAGUGGAAGGCGAAACAUUGAAACUAUUACAUGCUAUGAAAGAGGCUAUCCAUCGUGGAUUUGAGCGAGUUCAAUUUGAAAUUAUGGCUUCUAAAGAAAGUCAUCCAUGUAAAUCUGAAAAUUUUGAAAAAGCAAAGUGGAACAUUCCAUUGGAUACCAAAAUAUUACUAGACCUUUGUAUGGAUGAAAUCCGUAAAUGUGGAAAGCCAUGA